CAGCGUCGCUUCAAUAAGGGGUUCAACCGCAGACCAGAUCAGACAUUCAAAGCCCAGCAAUUUCUCCAUCAGACUCUCACGUUCCCGGAUUCAAUCGUCACUUUGGUCGUGAAAAGGCAGGCAAACAGGCCCUUGGCAAGACAGAAGGUUGCACAUCAUUUUGAUAUCUGUACCAUGUGUUCUUAAUUUAGUUUUUUCCCCGAUUUGGCGGCCUAUACUGAAUUUGGUGAAUAGGAUAGAGGAAAGAGAUGGAAGAUGUGAUAACGGCCAUUCCCCCGCCUUCAAGGUUUUUUGUGGACGACCUUAACAAUUUCACUCCUCCAUCACCACCUCUUCCUUCGCCAUUCCUGUUGUUCUCCCCCCCUAAUUCACAUAGACACAUCAGCCCUUCACUCCUCAUUAUUGCCAUCUCUUCUUCAUCUCUUCAUGUUUUCCACCAAGUGUCCUCUAAAACAUUAAUUGGAACCCUCAUCCUUCCCGAGAUCCCCUUCUCCGGAAACUCAAUUGAACCCUCUCUCGGGGACAAAUCCUGCAAUAUUUAUGCUCUCAAUAAUGGUGAUAACUUGAUUGUUAUUGUCUCUGUCCAGUACCCAAUUGCUGCAGAGAGAGCUCAUGCAGUCGCAAAAUUGCUGAUUGGUGAACAGAUUGUUCCAGAAAAGGUGUUGAUCUUGGAUUCAGUUCAGAGUAGAAACUUCAGGGGCAGGCUAUCACCAGAUGAAACAUUGGCCUUCAAGCUUGAAACAUCGCAGCAAAGAAAUUCUGGGGAGUCACUGCUUCGAGGUGUAGACUAUUUUCCAUCAGGAAGUGUGGUGGACGGAUUAAGUGCUGCCGUAUUGGCUAGAUGCCAAUUGAAGAAUAUCAAAGGAUCUCUUGUUGUUUCAUGGCCCGAAUUUGGUGGUCCCACGACGUGGUUGGUCAAGUCUUUGCUGCUCAAAGAUGUCCUACCUGGCUUGGAAUUCGAAAUGGAUGGCCAGGGUGAUGAUGUAUGGGCCAAAUUUGGUCUGGCAAAGGAUCUGGCUGCUGAUUCUGAGUUAUAUACAUGAUAAGUUAGUUUUGCACUGCUCACCCGCCCUUUUAACGUCGCGUACACAAUCAUCCCCGUUUUCUCUCUGAAUUCAGAUAAUAUUCGGAGUUGGCAAUUGUGUAACUCUCAAGCAGUAGUUGUGACCUUGUCAAGGCAUACCCCUUUUUGCAUUUUGGUACAACUUCAAAGUAGCCUCUUUGCUUAUCAUAAUGGGAACUGAGAGAAAAAAAGAAAAGAAAGGCUUCGCUUCUCUCUUGCUUGUAUCUGUUGAGAUUUUGGUGGGUGGUUUUACCUAAAUCUUGCUCUUACCAUAACAGAAUUUGAUGAUAGAUUGUUAAGAUGUUAAUUACAA